AUGGAAUAUCCAACACAACAGACUCUUCGUGCCCACGAAGCAGAUCGUCAAGCUCGUGAGGUCUAUCGAUAUUUCCAACCAACCAAUCCGGCGGCACUGAACGCAGCAUGGCUUCCGCGCUCUACUGCCUCCGACUUUGCGAUCUCAGAGAAGACUACGAUCGAAACCAGCUUCCUGUCUAGUCCUAAUGCGACGUUGACUUCGUUCGCACAGCAGGCAGUUAUACGCCUCCACGCACAACGUGCCUUUAUCACUAUAUUGAACCAUCACUCACAGUUCAUCAUAGCCGAAGCCACGAAGACGACAAAUCUCAGGAAUUCGAAAUUUUCGACUGCGGACGGAGAUGGACUUUUUUCUGGAACAUCGACCUUGCCAAACAUUUGGAAUAUCUGUCAGGAAACAGUUGCAAUUGCCUCAGACACUAAUGAUGACACCUACCCGGUACUGGUCGUCAACGAUCUUACACAGGAGGAUCGCUUCAGACGAUUGCCAUUCGUCGAAGCAGAGCCACACUCUCGCUUCUAUGCUGGAGCUCCCUUGACCACCGAUAGCGGUAUCAAUCUAGGAUGCCUUUUUGUGUUGGAUUCUCAACCCCGCGAGGGCUUGUCUGAUUGUGAGAAGGACGCGCUAGGAACAAUGGCAGCGAUGGCCAUGGACUAUCUACACGUCAGCCGACAGGCGGUCGAAGGGCGCCGCGCCUCGCGGCUGUCGCAGGGUCUCCGUCUUUUUGUUGAUGGUAAAUCCAGUUUCGCCGACAAUGUCUACACGUCUCGCUCCAACACUCCAAACUCUAGUCCGGUUUCGCGGGAUUCGUCACAGCGCUGGAUGAGCCGAUCUGUCAGCUCUCAAAACAGCGGGGUGGGAUCCCGCGUAGCGCAUGAUGAAACCACUGAAGCGCACGCACAAACUGACAGGUCUUUGAGCCCAGUUUCUCACGAUGAUUUGAACACAGGCAUCUCUACAAAUGCAGCGACUUCAUUAAGCUUACAUCGAGGCGACAGUGGUUCAUCAGCUUGUUCGGACAGCAAUGACUGGCUUUUUCAGCGAGCCGCAAAUCUUUUAAGACAAGGUCUAAAUUUAAACAGUUAUGGCGGCGUGAUUUACUUAAAGAUCAGCGAUGUCUCGUCAGACAAUCUUGUUUACAGUGACUCUACGCCUGUCGAUUCCAGUAAUUCUGCGCCACUUCUUUCUUUAUCUACCAAGGACAAUCUAUUAUCAUCACAGAAAACCUCUUUAUCGCCAUGCGCGGCUACUACUCUCGACAAAGUUUUUUUGAAGCAAUUGACUCAUCGCUAUCCCAAGGGAAGACUCUGGUCAUUCCACAGAGAUGGGUCUUUAUCCACAUCAGACGAAGAGCAAACCACCGACGCAUCUCAGAAACACCGGAACAAACACAAGGCCUCAGAAAAUACCAAACUAAACACGUACUUUCCUGACGCAUGCCAAGUCAUGUUUGUCCCACUAUGGAACGCCACCGAUUCCCAGUGGUUUGCUGGAUGCUUCUGCUGGACUCCUCAACCCACGCGAGUUUUCAGUCGGGCUGUUGAUUUGGCCUCAAUAUUUGGCUUUUCAUCCUCUAUUAUGACUGAAUACAGCCGUAUUGAAUCGGCUAUUGCAGACCGCCAGAAAGGUGACUUCAUAAGUAGCAUCUCGCACGAGCUCCGUAGCCCGCUGCAUGGUGUCUUGGCUGCUACCGAGUUUCUAGGAGACACUCGCAUGGACGAUUUCCAGGUAUCGCUCGUCGAGACUAUCAAUGCAUGUGGGCGAACACUUCUAGAUACGAUGAACCAAGUGCUAGACUUCAGCAAAAUAAAGUCAUUGCAAAGGCGAAAGAGAAGGCCCAGGGGCAGAAAGAAUCCUUGGAAGACAAAGCCUACCGAGAAAAGCCCGGCGCGUAUGGAUCCAUUCGUGGAGACAGACGUGGCUAUAUUGACAGAGGAAGUCGUUGAUAGUGUGUGUUUGGGACAUUUCCAUAUGAGACAAUCGACGAUGCCAGCCAAUGAUCGCACAGCUGUUACACCAAGUUCACCUGCCCAACCGGCAAAAGAGGGCAAGGAAAUUAUAUCUAGUUCAGACGUGGAGAUUGUCAUCGAUAUUCCUAGCGACGACUGGGUGUAUAAAGUUCAGCCAGGAUCGCUCAGGCGACUCAUCAUGAAUCUUCUCGGCAAUGCACUCAAGUACACCGAGAGGGGCCUAGUUUCUGUGUGCCUCGAGGCCACUCGGCGUUCGAAAGGCCAUUCGCGGGAUCAGGAACCUGAGGAUAUGGUAACUUUGACAAUCUCAGAUACGGGGAAAGGUAUUUCGAGCGAAUACCUACGGACUCGUUUGUAUACUCCCUUUUCGCAGGAGGAUACACUAUCUGUGGGUGCCGGCCUCGGUCUGUCAAUUGUUCGCGACAUUGUCAGUACGUUCAACGGAAGCAUCAACAUCCAAAGCAAAGUGGGCCAAGGCACUAUGGUAAGGGUCUUGAUUCCUCUCAGGCGUCCAAUCGAAGACGAAAGUCCAUCAAAAAUUGAUACGAAUUGCGAAUUAAAGUCGCCUAUGCCGUCCUCUCAACUUUCUUGUUUGGGAUUGACGAACAAGCGGGCUGCGUUUUGUGGAAUGGAUCCCCCCCUGAUCGAAAAUCAGUUCUGGUCUUCGAUCGCUCAAUAUGUGACGGAUUGGUAUGGCAUGCAUAUCGUACCUUGGUCCGCGAAUGGAGACGUUGACUUCGUAUUUGUUGACGCGGCCUAUUUAUCCGCAGAGAACGUGCGGCACUUGCCUGCUACACUUCCAAAUUUGCUCGUCUUUUGCAAUGACUGGGACAACUCCAGUGAGCUUAGGAAAAAGUCGUUGCACCUUGCUGACUCUCUCGUUAUUCUCCGUCGACCUUGCGGUCCUCAGAAACUCGCUAGAGGUAUCUUGGGCUGUCUCAAUUCGACAUCGUCUACUCUCUCUAAUUCUGACAGCCUGAUCCCUGCUGGUGCGCGGCCUGUCAGCCAGAGCGGACCCCGGGUCUUGCUGGUAGAUGACAACGAUAUCAAUCUGCGCCUGAUGUCGACUUUCAUGAAAAAACGGAAGGUACCGGUUUUGGAUGUAGCAAAGAACGGCAGAGAAGCAGUAGGAUAUGUUGAGAGGAUGUUGAAGGGGUAUGAUCUGAUUUUCAUGGACAUCUCUAUGCCCAUUAUGGACGGAAAUGAAGCAACACGCGCUAUACGCACGAUGGAAAAAGCACGGGAUGGAUGCGUUCGGGCAAAAAUUAUUGCUUUUACUGGCCUUAGUAGCUCCCAUGCGGAAUCUAAGGCGCUAGACUCAGGGGUGGACCUAUUCCUUACGAAACCUGUCUCGUUCAAGGAAGUUUCACGAUUGAUGAAUGGUUGGGAUGCUCGAAAGGCAAAUUGA